AUGAGCCCAAAACAGGAUAGGAAUCCCGACAUCGUCUUGCGUGAUCGUUUUACAUGUCCAGCUGACGGGGCUCCGGAUGAGGAGACAGGGGAGCAGAACCUCUCGGCGUGCCAUAGCCUGAUCAACGAAAGGUCCACGGGAUUACAGACGUUCAGCCAAGGUCCAAAGCCCGGAACCACUUUGAAGGAGAAAGCCCGCGAGUUUGGCGGUCCAGGCAGCUCUCGUCCAAGCACGGUACUUCCUCAAGUUCCUGAAGGCCCCGAAUUGGCCAUCAGCAGGCUAUGGUCGUACUGGGUACAUGGCGAGGGCUGGGAGACAGGGGAUUACGUGGGCUAG